AUGACUCUUCUUCGCAGCAUGCUAGCAAUUGCUCUAGUUUCCUUCCUAUUUGUGCAAGCAAACUCCUUUGCAACACUUCCAUCUUUGACAACAAAGAUACAACGAAAGUGUCUGGGAUACGGUUGUCAUCAAUUCCCACCGCUCAAGCAAAGUUCCGAUGACCAUGAAGAGAUCGAAUCUAAGAUUCCUCAGCUUCCGGCCAUCGGAACGUCUUCACUCCACCAAGGAGGCUCUUCCACGGUCCAAGCGGAACCACAAGGAAACUCUCAUGAACCCUUGAAUGACGUCGCUUUUGUAUCGCCAAAGUUCCAACUGCAGUACACUUGCAAGGUCUGCAAUACACGAAAUCAUCAUCUUGUUUCACGCAUUGCUUACACAGAAGGUGUCGUCAUCACGACCUGUAAGGGGUGCAAAUCCAAGCACAUGAUCGCCGACAACCUUGGAUCUGGAUGCUUGGAUGGUGACGCCAAUAUUGAAGCAUACUUUAAAGCUAGAGGGAUGGAAGACAUUACUCGAGUCACGGAAGAAGUCUUUGAACUGGAAAAAGUCCUCAACAUGGAUGCCCUGGUUGGUGACGAUGGGAAUCCAGUUUUGGAAUAA